AUGCAGCCAUAUUGCUACACCCGGAAGUGCUGCUUCUGUCCUGUAUCUAUGCAGUGAUUUCUGAGGAGACGGCUUCUCCUACUGCGCCCAGGGUCUGAGGACAUGCAUAGUCCCCCGUGUCAGAUGCCCAGGCUGUGAACCGUCUGCAGGAUAACAGGUUAUCAGGGGCCAGGACCUCACAGUGACCUUGAGGAGGAGCCCCCACUGACACAAGAUGACUCAUCUCCCCCUGACGAUGCCCCCUGACCGUGGGGGCGGGCCCCUCUUCCGUCUGAAGUUCACUACGUUUGCGGUGGGAACGGUCUGUCUGCCGCUCUGCGGUUUUAUCUUCUGCAUCGUUUGGUCGCUGAUUUUCGACUUUGAAAAGACGACGGCCACGCACUGCGGGGUCCCUAAUUACCUGCCGUCCAUCAGCGCGGCCAUCGGAGAAGUGACCCCACAGAGGUUGGUCUGGCGGUUCUGUAUUGGCCUCCACUCUGCCCCCCGCCUGCUCGUAGCGGUGGCGUACCUCAACUUCUACCUGGGAGGAGGCGGCUCGUACUGGAGAAGUCACAUCAACUUCCUGCUCAAUGUAUUUGAGAUCCUGUGUCUUCUCCUGCUGACCUAUGUGUCCUCCAACGAGCACCAUGGGAUCCAUCAGCUGGCUUUUAUCUUCUUCAUGUUCUUCUCCCUCGGAUACAUGUUCAUAACCAUCAGGAUAUGGAGGAUAUCGAGGAAAUACUCUGUAAGUGCCGAGGAACGCCGCUCAUACACCUGGAAGAAGUGGCUCUUCAUCUUCAACCUGACAGCAUUCCUGGUCUCCCUUCUGUUCUAUUAUCGCCACAAUCUGCACUGUGAACCUGGAGUUUACACCGUCUUUUCGUUCUUCGAGUACUUGGUCGUCUUGACUAACAUGGGCUUUCACAUGACGGCUUGGUGGGACUUUGGCAGUAAGGAACUUCUCGUCUGCUCACUGGAGGAGGACAAGAGAAUCUGAUGGCCGUGCCUUCACCGUCCUAUGUUUGUGGUGGUGGAGUCUGGGGGGUGAACUGUCACUGCGCAGUCACAUCGUGGUCAUGACAGACCUGGAAUGGUCACUUACUGUCUUCAGUGAGAUCUUCAGAACGCUCUCCACUCUCAGGAGCCGCUCCCUGCACUCCUAGACACUCAGUGUGGGAGGUGUACUGAAAUUUGGUGUGGAUUUUGUGUGGCAUUUGACCGCCCUCUAGUGGAGAGUGUAUACCUGCAGACUGCAUGAUGUUACCAGACCGCCCUCUAGUGGAGAGUUUAUACCUGCAGACUGCAUGAUGUUACCAGACCGCCCUCUAGUGGAGAGUUUAUACCUGCAGACUACAUGAUGAUACCAGACUGCCCUCUAGUGGAGAGUAUAUACCUGCAGACUGCGUGAUGAUACCAGACUGCCCUCUAGUGGAGAGUAUAUACCUGCAGACUACAUGAUGAUACCAGACCGCCCUCUAGUGGAGAGUAUAUACCUGCAGACUACGUGAUGAUACCAGACCGCCCUCUAGUGGAGAGUAUAUACCUGCAGAUCAUGUGAUGUUACCAGACCCCCCCCUAGUGGAGAGUAUAUACCUGCAGACUACAUGAUGUUACCAGACCGCCCUCUAGUGGAGAGUAUAUACCUGCAGACUACGUGAUGAUACCAGACCGCCCUCUAGUGGAGAGUAUAUACCUGCAGAUCAUGUGAUGUUACCAGACCGCUCUCUAGUGGAGAGUAUAUACCUGCAGACUGCGUGAUGUUACCAGACCGCCCUCUAGUGGAGAGUAUAUACCUGCAGACUGCGUGAUGUUACCAGACCGCCCUCUAGUGGAGAGUAUAUACCUGCAGACUGCGUGAUGUUACCAGACCGCCCUCUAGUGGAGAGUAUAUACCUGCAGACUACAUGAUGAUACCAGACCGCCCUCUAGUGGAGAGUAUAUACCUGCAGACUGCGUGAUGUUACCAGACCGCCCUCUAGUGGAGAGUACUGUAGGGGCUUUGAUGAUUUUCUGGAUGAUUAGUGGUCCUGCUCCCCCUCCCCGCCAUUCUCCUCUAUAUACUGCAGUGGGGGGGAUGGAAUUAUCACAGAUCGGAUAUUUACAGAUUUAUAAUUUUUUAUAAAUACAUUUUCUAAUGUUUUAUUUAUUUUGUGAAUGAUCUGUUUUUAAUAAAGAUGAAGACAAAUUA